AAGCAAAUGCAAAACCCCUCCUAUUAUCGCGCGAGCCCCACCCACUGACACAAAACUUCCGGCUCCCGCCCUCGCCGCCGUCCCACUUCCGCUGACGCCAGAGGUCAGAGGUGACAGGCAAGAUGUCGGCUGUCUGUGGCUUUGAGCGGUUGGUGAGAGGAGCAUCUUCGUAACAAGCUCGCCGGAGACGGCUAAAAGGAGCCGAGUCGCGGGAGCAAGUUUGAGGCGGCGGCGGGGUGUGGGCGCCGAGGGAGCCCUGGCCGCGGGGCAUGACUGUCGGGAGCGUAGGGGAGCGGGGAGUGGGAGGUGCCGGAGGCUGGUGAUACCCGGCAGCCCCUCGGGAAACGAGGACGCCAAGCUCGGUGGGAGCGCUUCAUGCCGCCAACUGGUUUAGAACCCGCCAGAAUGAACAGGAAGAAAGGAGACAAGGGCUUUGAAAGCCCAAGGCCAUAUAAAUUAACCCAUCAGGUCGUCUGCAUCAACAACAUAAACUUCCAGAGAAAAUCUGUUGUGGGAUUCGUGGAACUGACUAUAUUUCCCACAGUUGCAAAUUUGAAUAGAAUCAAGUUGAACAGCAAACAGUGUAGAAUAUACCGAGUAAGGAUAAACGAUUUAGAAGCUGCUUUUAUUUAUAAUGACCCAACCUUGGAAGUCUGUCACAAUGAAUCAAAACAGAGAAACCUAAAUUAUUUUUCCAAUGCUUAUGCAGCUGCAGUUAGUGCUGUGGACCCUGAUGCAGGAAAUGGAGAACUUUGCAUUAAGGUUCCAUCAGAGUUAUGGAAACACGUUGAUGAAUUAAAGGUCCUGAAGAUACACAUCAAUUUUUCUUUGGAUCAGCCAAAAGGAGGUCUUCAUUUUGUGGUACCCAGUGUUGAGGGAAGUAUGGCAGAGAGAGGUGCUCACGUUUUCUCUUGUGGGUAUCAAAAUUCCACAAGAUUUUGGUUCCCGUGUGUUGAUUCAUACUCUGAAUUAUGUACAUGGAAAUUAGAAUUUACAGUAGAUGCCGCAAUGGUGGCUGUUUCCAAUGGAGAUUUGGUGGAGACAGUGUAUACCCAUGACAUGAGGAAGAAGACCUUUCAUUACAUGCUUACCAUUCCAACAGCUGCAUCAAAUAUCUCUUUGGCCAUUGGACCUUUUGAAAUACUUGUAGAUCCAUAUAUGCACGAGGUUACUCAUUUUUGUUUACCUCAGCUUCUUCCAUUACUUAAACAUACUACAUCAUAUCUUCAUGAAGUUUUUGAAUUUUAUGAAGAAAUUCUUACAUGUCGAUACCCAUACUCCUGUUUUAAGACUGUAUUCAUUGAUGAGGCUUAUGUUGAAGUGGCUGCUUAUGCUUCCAUGAGCAUUUUUAGCACAAAUCUCUUACAUAGUGCCAUGAUUAUAGAUGAGACACCUCUGACUAGAAGGUGUUUAGCCCAGUCCUUGGCACAGCAGUUUUUUGGAUGUUUCAUAUCCAGAAUGUCUUGGUCUGAUGAAUGGGUACUGAAGGGAAUUUCUGGCUAUAUUUAUGGACUUUGGAUGAAAAAAACUUUUGGUGUUAAUGAAUACCGCCAUUGGAUUAAAGAGGAGCUAGACAAAAUAGUGGCGUAUGAACUAAAAACAGGUGGAGUUUUACUACAUCCCAUAUUUGGUGGAGGCAAAGAGAAAGAUAAUCCGGCAUCUCAUCUCCACUUUUCAAUAAAGCAUCCACAUACGCUUUCUUGGGAAUAUUACACUAUGUUUCAGUGUAAAGCUCACCUGGUGAUGAGAUUGAUUGAAAAUAGGAUCAGUAUGGAAUUCAUGCUACAAGUUUUCAAUAAACUGUUAAGUUUGGCUAGUACUGCUUCAUCACAGAAGUUCCAGUCACAUAUGUGGAGUCAGAUGUUGGUUUCCACAUCUGGGUUUUUGAAAUCCAUCUCAAAUGUCUCUGGCAAAGACAUCCAGCCUUUAAUAAAGCAGUGGGUAGACCAGAGUGGAGUGGUAAAAUUUUAUGGAAGUUUUGCAUUUAACAGAAAACGAAAUGUUUUGGAAUUAGAAAUAAAGCAAGAUUAUACAUCUCCGGGAACUCAGAAAUACGUGGGACCACUUAAAGUGACAGUGCAGGAGUUAGAUGGAUCCUUCAAUCAUACGUUGCAAAUUGAAGAAAACAGCCUUAAGCAUGAUAUUCCCUGUCAUUCUAAAAGCAGAAGGAAUAAAAAGAAAAAAAUUCCACUGAUGAAUGGAGAAGAAGUUGACAUGGAUCUUUCUGCGAUGGAUGCGGAUUCCCCUUUGCUGUGGAUAAGAAUAGACCCGGAUAUGUCAGUGCUGAGGAAAGUGGAGUUUGAGCAAGCUGAUUUCAUGUGGCAGUACCAGCUCCGCUACGAGAGAGAUGUCGUUGCACAGCAGGAAUCCAUUCUGGCCUUGGAGAAGUUCCCCACGCCAGCCUCUCGCCUUGCGCUCACUGACAUCUUAGAACAAGAGCAGUGUUUCUACCGAGUGAGAAUGUCCGCCUGCUUCUGCCUCGCAAAGAUUGCGAAUUCAAUGGUGAGCACAUGGACAGGACCACCAGCCAUGAAGUCACUCUUUACUAGAAUGUUUUGUUGCAAAACUUGUCCAAACAUUGUGAAAACAAACAACUUUAUGAGCUUUCAAAGCUAUUUUCUACAGAAGACUAUGCCAGUUGCAAUGGCUUUAUUGAGAGAUGUUCACAACCUUUGUCCCAAAGAAGUCUUAACAUUCAUUUUAGACUUAAUCAAGUACAAUGACAACAGAAAAAAUAAGUUUUCAGAUAACUAUUAUCGUGCUGAAAUGAUUGAUGCCCUUGCCAACUCUGUUACGCCUGCAGUCAGUGUGAAUAAUGAAGUUCGAACUUUGGACAACUUAAAUCCAGAUGUGCGACUCAUUCUUGAAGAAAUCACCAGGUUUUUGAAUAUGGAAAAACUUCUUCCAAGUUAUAGACACACCAUCACUGUCAGUUGUUUGAGAGCCAUACGAGUGCUUCAGAAGAAUGGACAUGUGCCAAGUGAUCCAGCUCUUUUUAAAUCUUAUGCAGAGUAUGGCCACUUUGUGGACAUUAGGAUAGCAGCUUUGGAAGCAGUUGUUGAUUAUACUAAAGUGGACAGGAGUUAUGAAGAACUGCAAUGGCUACUUAAUAUGAUUCAGAAUGAUCCUGUACCCUAUGUAAGACAUAAGAUUCUAAACAUGUUGACGAAGAACCCACCAUUUACUAAGAACAUGGAGUCUCCGUUAUGCAAUGAAGCCUUGGUAGAUCAACUUUGGAAACUUAUGAAUUCUGGAACUUCACAUGACUGGAGGUUACGGUGUGGUGCUGUGGACUUGUACUUCACACUUUUUGGCCUCAGUAGACCUUCCUGCUUGCCCUUACCAGAGCUUGGGUUGGUUCUUAAUCUAAAAGAGAAAAAAGCUGUCUUGAAUCCGACCAUAAUUCCAGAGGCCAUAGCAGGCAACCAAGAAGCUGCGAUUAAUCCAAGUAGUCACGCACAGCUAGUUGGAUUUCAGAACCCUUCUUCAGGAGAAGAGGAGAAAAUGAUACCAAAAGAUACAUUCUUUUGGGAAAGCUCUAGAAGUUCGCUUAUAUACCUCCCACCUCCCCCAAAAAAGACCAGCAGACAGGAAAAGGAAGAUGAUCACCUUGCCAAGGAAGCAUCAUGUAAUAUGUCAGCUCAUCAGCAGGGAGUGAAGAGGAAGGCUGAUACACCACUGGGGUCCCCACUAGAACCUGGUCAAAUACUGGAGAAGAAUGAGGAUAGCAGUAAAGUCAAACUCAAAAUCAGAUUUUCCAAUUCUCAAGAUGAGGAGGAAAUUGACAUGGACACUGUUCAUGAUAGCCAGGCGUUUAUUUCCCAUCAUUUGAACAUGCUUGAAAGGCCAUCGACUCCAGGGCUCUCUAAAUAUCGGCCAGCUAGCUCCCGAUCUGUUUUAAUACCCCAACACUCAUCAGGCUGUGAUGGCACACCCACCACGAAACCCCAGUGGAGUAUGGAACUUGCACGGAAGGGAACAGGCAUUCAUUUGGGUGUUUUUAAUCUUGAAGGUAAAGAACAGUCCCCUUUGGAGAUGAGUAUGCAUCCAGUUGCAGCAGCUCCGCUGUCAGUGUUUACUAAGGAGUCUGCGUCCUCCAAACACAGCGACCACCACCACCACCAUCACCAUGAGCACAAGAAGAAGAAGAAGAAGCACAAACAUAAGCACAAGCACAAGCACAAGCAUGACAGUAGAGAGAGGGACAGAGAGCCCUUCCCCUUCUCCAGCCCUGCCAGCGGCAGGUCUGUCCGUUCUCCUUCCCUCUCAGACUGACAAGGGGGCAGAGGAGGCUCACCUCAGCGUCCAGAAGAAUAUACAUAACUGAAGCUUUGUCCUCUGUAAAGAAUGAUAAACGGAAACAAACAGACAAAAAAUAGUUGCCUUUCUCAUAGAAAUUCAGAACUCAUGUAAGUUCUAACAUUUGAUUUAUGUUAUUUAUGCAAUUGAGAUCUAAUUAGAAAAAUAUUUUAUAGUUCUGAAUAAACCAUCUCAUCCCAUUUCCUCCUUAGAACACACACACACACACACACACACACACACACACACACACACACACACACACACACACACACACACACACACACACACACACACACACACACACACACACACACACACACACACACACACACACACACACACACUCAUACACUCAUUCACACCAAACUUCAGAAAGGCCCUCACGUCCGCUGGCAGUUCCGUUCACAUCAUGGUCUUCGUGUGUACUGCCAAAAUCAAUUAUGUUUUAAAGUCUUUGAUGGAUGUUAUGGGGCAAAGUUAUGUUUUAAACAAGCUACUGCCAGAUCUGUGGUGAAACCACUAUUUCCAGUGAAAUAUUGUAUAACACCAUUUGGAACUGCUGAGAAAGACCGAGGCUUUUCUAUAGGAACCUUCUGUAUUACAUGGUAUUUUUUGUGUUAGCUGUAGAGGCUAAACAUCAGAAUUUGUGAACACAAAUACUUGGUAUUUUCUUUUGCCCUAAAAUACUGAAAUGUUUAGAAGCAGCUCUUUUUAAAAAAAAAAAAAAUUUUGGAUAGCAUUUUUCAUAGUGCAUUUGGGGAUUAUAAUGUUGGAAUGUAAUAGAACUAUCAGAUCCACAGUUCUCAAAUCAAGAUGUUUAAAUUAUGUUUUUUCAUUAAGUAUAAGUGAGUAUGUUCAUAUAUAGAAUAUGUUUGCUAAAUGUGGACAGUUUACACACCCAACACAUAAUCUAAAAUUAUUUCUGUAUAACACAAAGUCCCGAUACCUUAAAAAGGUGUUUAUAUAAUGUUUACUAACUCAGACAAGUCAGCCCUCAUGUGAAUAUACGAGAAACAUUUAAAAAUACAUGAAACAUUUUAGUUUCAUAGUUUGUGUGUUUUUGUUUUUAUUUCUGAAUUUACCAUGUGCUUUAUUCUUUGUUUAAAAUGUUUUUCGUACCUGUUCUAUUUUUAUCAUUUCCCGUACCAUUAGUUUGACAAAGUAUUUCUUCCGGAAUAGAUGUUUCAAAGGGAUCCAAUAAUGUUGGACUUUUAAAUAUACUUUUAGUUGUUUAACUUGUUUAAUAAAUAACUUUUUAAACUGAC